AUGCCUGUCGGCAUCAAGACACCAUCAAAUCAGAUUAAGUUCACAAAUGUCUCUAUUGUCCGGUUAAAAAAGGGCAAAAAGCGCUUUGAACUAGCAUGCUACAAGAAUAAGCUCCUUGAGUACCGUUCCGGUGCAGAAACCGAUCUCGACAAUGUACUUCAGGUUCCUACGAUCUUCCUUUCCGUGUCGAAGGCCCAGACAGCGCCGUCCGCAGAGCUGACCAAGGCUUUUGGUCCCGGUGUCUCUCGAGACGAAAUCAUCCAGGAAAUUCUGCGCAAGGGUGAAGUGCAAGUAGGAGAGCGCGAGCGGAAAGAUAUCUUGGAGCGAGUUGAGAAGGAGGUGCUAGAUAUCGUAGCUGGACGACUGAUCGACCCGGCCACGAAGCGCGUGUACACGACAGGAAUGAUUAGCAAGGCUUUGGACCAGCUGAGUUCUGCAAGUGGGCAGCUCCAGAAGGAACAACAAAACAAUGACGAUGCAGCAAAGGACGGUGAUAGUGCCUCCCAACAGCGAAAACCGCUCUGGACCGGUGUCGUCACGAACAAGUCAGCGAAGAGUCAGGCGCUUGAAGCCAUGAAGGCUCUGAUCGCCUGGCAGCCGAUUCCGGUGAUGCGAGCGAGGAUGCGUCUGCGGGUGACUUGUCCUGUAUCUAUUCUCAAGCAAUCAGUGAAAGCGCCUUCGGUUGCAGCCAAACAGGAUCAAGAAGCGCCCCAGUCGAAUUCCAAAUCGAACAAAAAGGGCGGGAAAGGAUCAAAAUCGAAAGCGGCUGCCCAGGAGGCAGAAGAGGCCGCAGCGUCGGAUGCAGAGAAUGCACCUAAGGCUCCUGGCACCGUCAAAGACAAGAUUUUGAGUUAUAUCGAGUCGGUCGAGUCGCAGGAGGUGAUAGGUGGAGAUGAGUGGGAGGUUGUCGGCUUCGCUGAGCCAGGUGCUUUCAAAGGCCUAGGCGAAUUUGUCAACAAUGAGACACGCGGUAGAGGAAGAGUCGAAGUGCUGGAUAUGGCGGUUACGCAUGAGGACUAA